AUGGUGAAAAAAGAGGGAGAAAAAGGGGAGGCAAAGGAAUGUGAGAUGCCAGCAGCGGAGUCGGAGGAGGAGGAAGAGGAAUCAGUGGGGAGUGUACAAAUUAUUGUGCAAAAGCUGGAUUCCAUAGAUGUGACAAUGAGGGUUAAAAAGAAUGUGAAACUGGGUAAAGUCAUGGUUGUUUACUGCAACCGUAUGGGGCUCCGGAUGGAUGCCCUCAGGUUUACUAUCGAUGGGAAAAGGGUUAAUGAACAGCAGACUCCUAAUGAUGUUGGCCUUGAAGAUGGAGAUGUCAUUGACGUCUGGUCUGAGCAGUUAGGCGCCGGAAGGAAUGGCGGAGCCGGCUCCACUCCGGCGGCUGGCCACCUCAAAUUUUUUUAA